CAACAAUGACAACGAUGAAAUUGUCAAAAAACAAAACAAUAUGAACCAUAAAACAAAUUUAAAUUGAAAAAUCAAAUUCAAUCUCUUUUUUUUAAAUGAAAUAUCUAAAUGCUACCAAAUAAGAAAUUUACGCUUAUAAAUCGUUUGCUAAAAAAGAUUACUUCCAUUCAACAUGAUCAACAACAACGAAGACAAAAUGCAAAUGACAUUUGUCAACAGCAACAACAACAAAAAUCAAAACAAAAUUGGCUUAAUUGGUUUAGCAAAAUCUGUAUGGGUGAUGGUUAUAUCGACGACAACAACAACAACAAUGAUGAUGAUAAUGACCAUCAUCAUAAUAAUCAAAAAUCAGAAUUAUCGAUACACGAUAUACGUCAAUAUUUUCGACAAUAUUUACAUCGAAAAGAUAUUGAAUUAUUAUUACGAAUUUUGGAUAAUGAACAUUAUAUUGGAUAUUGUAUUAAAAUGGAAACAACAACAACAACAACAAAUAAUAAUUCAUCAUCAUCAUUACAGUUAAAAAUUCUAUAUUGGUUAAUUGAAAAUAUUCGUAAUGUAAAAUUAAUCGAUAUUGAUAAUCAAUUAAUACGACCAUUACCAUGGUGUCGAUUGUAUAAUAAUAAUAAUAAUAAUAAUGAAAAUAUUUAUAAUUCUCAUCAUAAUCAUCAUUCAAAUUCAACAUCAUCAUUAUUGUGUAUGAAUCCAAAUCAUUGGGCUGUGUUGAUAGCCGAAUCAGAUUAUCAUCAACAAUAUUAUAAUGAUUGGAAUGAUGAUGAUAUUAAUGUUAAUAAUAAUGAUGAUCAUAAUGAAAGUAAAGAUUUAUUUGGUAAUUGUGAAACAAUAACGAUGCCAUCAUCGUCAUCGAAUUGUUGUGAUUCAUUAAACAAACAACAACAACAAAAACGUACAAAAAAAUGGGCACGUCUUUCGUAUUGGGAAUAUAAACAACGUAAAAUAACCGAUAUUAAUGUAAGAAAUUCAACAAUCGGUAUUUGUCAUCCGGAAAAUAUCGAUGAUAAUGAUGAAUCGAUAGAAUUUAUACCAAUAUCAUCAUUAUUACGACAACAACAACAACAAAUCAAUCAUCAGAUUCGAAUGAAAAUUGGUACCAAUGUUAUAUUAUUUUUGGAUCAACAACAAAAUGUUUGGUUAUAUAAUCGUUCAAAAUUAUCGUCAAUAUUUAUUGAAUCACCAUUAUAUUGCAAAUCAUCAUCAUCAUCAUCAUCGACGAAGACGACAUCAACAAUCAAAAAUGUGGUAAAAAUAUUACCUGGCCAUUUUUUUAAAGCAUAUGAUUAUCAAUUAUCACAUCAUUAUCGAUCAUCAUCAUCAUCAUCAUUUUCGACAAGAAAAGAUGAUGAUAGUUUUCGUUUUAGUUUUGUUAAAGGUUUUGGUGAUAAAUAUAAAUUAAACGAUAUAACCGAUUGUCCUUGUUGGAUGGAAGUAAUACUUUUUUUUUGAAAUAAAAAGCAAACAAAACAUCUUUAUUAUCAUCAUCUACGUUUGAUAUCAUCAUCAUCAUCAUCAUCAUCAUUGUAUAAUAAUCAUUUUUUUUCAUUUUGUUAUU